AUGGCUUCUCGGCGCCUAGCGUACAACUUCAACCAGGCUCUGCGCAGUCGCGCCGCCCUGAAGUCCAUUCAGCCCGUCAAGCGUGGCUUUGCUUCCCCCGUCGCCCUCCCGUCCACCACCCAGUCCACCACCCUCUCCAACGGUUUCACGAUCGCCACCGACUACUCCCCAUGGGCCCAGACGUCAACCGUCGGUGUCUGGAUCGACGCCGGUAGCCGGGCAGAGACUGACAAGACCAACGGAACCGCGCACUUCCUGGAGCACCUUGCCUUCAAGGGCACCAGCAAGCGCUCCCAGCACCAAUUGGAGCUCGAGAUCGAGAACAUGGGCGCUCACCUCAACGCCUACACAUCGAGGGAAAACACUGUCUACUACGCCAAGUCCUUCAACAACGAUGUCCCCAAGGCCGUCGAUAUCCUCGCCGAUAUUCUGCAGAACUCCAAGCUCGAGCCCGCUGCCAUUGAGCGCGAGAGGGACGUGAUCCUCCGCGAGCAGGAGGAGGUUGACAAGCAGCUCGAGGAGGUUGUCUUCGACCACCUCCACGCUACCGCUUACCAGCACCAGCCCCUCGGCCGCACCAUCCUCGGCCCCAAGGAGAACAUCCAGACCAUCACCCGCGACAACCUGACCGACUACAUCAAGACCAACUACACUGCCGACCGCAUGGUCCUCGUCGGUGCUGGCGGUAUCCCCCACGAGCAACUCGUCAAGCUCGCUGAGCAACACUUCGGUUCUCUCCCCAGCAAGCCCCCUACCUCCGCCCUCGCCGCCCUCACCGCUGAGCAGAAGCGCCAGCCCGACUUCAUCGGAUCCGAGGUCCGUGUCCGUGACGACACCCUCCCCACUGCCCACAUCGCCCUUGCCGUUGAGGGUGUCAGCUGGAAGGAUGACGACUACUUCACUGCCCUUGUCGCCCAGGCCAUCGUCGGUAACUGGGACCGUGCCAUGGGCAACUCCCCCUACCUUGGCAGCAAGCUCAGCUCCUUCGUUGAGCGCAACAACCUCGCCAACAGCUUCAUGAGCUUCUCCACCAGCUACAGCGACACUGGUCUCUGGGGUAUCUACCUUGUCUCCGAGAACCUGACCAAGGUUGACGACCUCAUCCACUUCGCUCUCCGCGAGUGGUCUCGUCUGUCCUUCAACGUCACCGCCGCCGAGGUCGAGCGCGCCAAGGCCCAGCUCAAGGCUUCCAUCCUCCUUUCCCUCGACGGUACCACCGCCGUUGCCGAAGACAUUGGUCGCCAGAUCAUCACCACCGGCCGCCGCCUCUCCCCCGAGGACAUCGAGCGCACAAUCGGACAGAUCACCGAGAAGCACGUCAUGGACUUUGCCAACCGCAAGCUGUGGGAUCAGGAUAUCGCCCUGAGCGCCGUCGGCAGCAUCGAGGGUAUCCUCGACUACAACCGUCUCCGAUCGGACAUGAGCCGAAACACUUACUAA